CCACAAUGCUUUGCGGGGACGUUGACAAGUGGAUCCAAGAUGGCGUAGAAAGUAAUGACAGGAUUUCUGUCCCUGAGUCAUGGCAGACAGAAGACCAGAGAAGUCAUGUGAACAAGCAUGUGAAUCACUUAAACAGCAAGAUUAUGAAGUGGCCGUAAAGCACUGCACAGAGGCGCUCCUUUCCCUCAGCCAGUUCCCCCCAGCUCAUUUCACGGAGGCAUGCCAGGCCGAGAUUGACCGCAUCAAAAUCGAGAGUCUUCUCUAUAGAAUUGCUUCUUUUUUACAGCUUAAAAAGUAUGGGCAAGCAGAUGAAGACUGUAGGCAUGUGCUGGGAGAGGGACUGGCCAAGGGAGAUGGCUCUUUCCGUGCAGUGCUUUGCUGCAUGCAUCUUAAAGGGAAGCUGCAAAUUGUAUCUAAUGUCCUUUCCAAAUCACUGAUGGGCGAAUCAUUGAACGGCAUGGUAACUAAAGAUUUGACAAGACUAAAAACACUUCUUGCUGAAACAGAGGCAGCAGCUAGUAAAGUACCCUCAGGAUACCAUGGGGAGGAUUUAGAGGAAGGAUCUCAGGAUGGUUGGCAAUUCCGCCCCCCACCCAGGGGAGUCACAAGCAGUGAAGAGUACACAUUGUGUAAAAGAUUUUUAGAGCAAGGGAUCUGCAGGUACGGUGCACAGUGUACUUCAGCACAUUCCCAGGAAGAGCUAACAGAAUGGCAAAAACGAUAUGCUUCCCGGUUGAUCAGAUUAAAACAGCAGAAGGAAAACAAACAAUGUUCGGGCAGUUAUAUGGAAACUUUGAUUGAGAAAUGGAUGAAUUCGUUAUCUCCUGAGAAAGUGCUGAGUGAAAAUGUAGAAGGAGUGAGAGUAGAGCAUAAUCCUGAACUAUCGGUUACUGUCACCACCAAAAAGUCUCAUCAGACAUGGAUGUUUGCUCUCACUUGUAAGCCUGCAAGAAUGCUGUAUCGAGUGGCACUGCUUUAUGAUGCCCAUCGUCCUCAUUUCAGUAUCGUUGCAAUAUCUGCUGGAGACAGCACUACCCAGGUGUCACAAGAAGUCCCAGAAAACUGUCAGGAAUGGAUAGGAGGAAAGAUGGCCCAAAAUGGAAUAGAUCAUUAUGUAUACAAAGUCACGAUAGCCUUUAACACCGAAAUCUUUGGAACUUUUCGCCAAACUGUAGUGUUUGAUUUUGGGUUGGAACCAGUUCUCAUGCAACGAGUAAUGAUUGAUGCUGCUUCAACAGAAGAUCUUGAAUACCUGAUGCAUGCACGACAACAGCUACUAACUACAGCUAAGCGUUGGGAUUCUACUUCUAAGACUAUUGUAGAAUUUGAGCCUAAUGAAACUACUGAAUUGGAGAAGAGCCUUCUUACCAGAUACCAAAUUCCUCUGUCUGCUGACCAACUCUUUACACAGUCUGUCCUGGACAAAUCAUUGACCAAGACCAACUAUCAAUCACGGUUGCAUGACCUCCUUUAUAUUGAGGAAAUAGCACAGUAUAAGGAAGUCAGCAAGUUCAACAUAAAAGUGCAAUUGCAGAUUGUAGCAAGCUUCAUGCUUACUGGUGUUUCCGGAGGUGCAAAGUAUGCCCAAAAUGGACAACUUUUUGGCCGCUUUAAGCUCACUGAAACUCUUUCUGAAGACACUUUGGCUGGACGGCUGGUGAUGACCAAAGUCAAUGCUGUUUAUUUAUUGCCAGUCACUAAAGAGAAGUCAGCACAAACCCAAGGAACCAAAGAGAAGGUUUAUGAAGCAGCUAUUGAAGAGAAAACAAAGGAUUAUAUCUUCUUGAGAGUAUCCAGGGAAUGCUGUGAAGAACUUAAUCUUCGGGCAGAUUGUGAAAUGCAGGUUGAACUUCAGUUUCAGUUAAAUCGCUUACCCCUCUGUGAAAUGCAUUAUGCCUUGGACAGGAUCAAGGACAACAGUAUUUUGUUUCCAGAUGUCAGCAUGACUCCCACCAUACCCUGGAGUCCCAACAGACAAUGGGAUGAGCAGUUGGACCCUCGACUAAAUGCAAAGCAGAAAGAGGCUGUUCUGGCUAUCACAACUCCACUUUCAAUACAACUGCCUCCUGUUCUUAUCAUCGGUCCCUAUGGGACAGGCAAAACAUUCACUCUGGCUCAGGCAGUCAAGCACAUACUCCAACAACAGGAUACUAGCAGGAUUCUCAUUUGCACCCAUUCUAAUAGUGCUGCUGAUCUCUACAUAAAGGAUUAUUUACAUCCAUAUGUAGAAGCAGGCAAUCCCCAGGCAAGACCUCUCAGGGUUUAUUUCAGAAAUCGCUGGGUAAAGACUGUCCACCCAGUUGUGCAUCAGUACUGUUUGAUUUCAAGCACACAUUCCACCUUUCAGAUGCCACAGAAAGAAGAUAUUCUUAAACAACGAGUAGUUGUUGUUACUUUGAACACUUCACAGUAUCUCUGUCAACUGGAUCUUGAACCUGGGUUUUUCACGCAUAUUCUGUUGGAUGAAGCUGCACAGGCCAUGGAGUGUGAGACGAUCAUGCCUCUGGCAUUAGCUAAUAAAAACACAAGAAUUGUCUUGGCUGGAGACCAUAUGCAACUCAGUCCUUUUGUCUACAGUGAAUUUGCCAGAGAGAGAAACCUUCAUGUUUCAUUACUUGAUCGGCUGUAUGAGCACUACCCUGCUGAGUUUCCAUGCAGGAUCUUACUGUGUGAGAACUAUCGCUCCCAUGAAGCUAUCAUCAAUUACACGUCUGAACUUUUCUAUGAGGGCAAAUUGAUGGCAAGUGGGAAGCAGCCAGCACACAAAGAUUUCUACCCCUUGACUUUUUUCACAGCACGUGGAGAAGAUGUACAGGAAAAAAACAGUACGGCUUUCUAUAACAAUGCAGAGGUGUUUGAAGUAGUAGAACGUGUUGAAGAGUUGAGAAGAAAAUGGCCUGUAGCUUGGGGCAAAUUGGAUGAUGGCAGCAUAGGUGUUGUAACACCAUAUGCUGAUCAGGUGUUCCGAAUUCGGGCAGAACUUCGAAAAAAGAGGUUAUCUGAUGUCAGUGUAGAAAGAGUGCUAAAUGUUCAGGGAAAGCAGUUUAGAGUUUUGUUUCUCAGUACAGUGAGGACCCGGCAUACGUGCAAACACAAACAAACACCCAUUAAAAGAAAAGAGCAGUUACUGGAGGACUCGACAGAAGACUUGGAUUACGGUUUUCUGUCCAAUUACAAACUUCUCAACACUGCCAUUACCAGAGCACAGUCCUUGGUAGCUGUGGUGGGCGACCCGAUUGCAUUGUGUUCCAUUGGAAGAUGCAGGAAAUUUUGGGAGAGGUUUAUUGCCCUAUGUCACGAGAACGAAAGUCUCCAUGGUAUCACAUUUGAACAGAUCAAGGCUCAGUUGGAGGCUUUGGAGUUAAAGAAAACUUACGUGUUGAAUCCACUAGCUCCUGAAUUUAUUCCUCGGGCUCUUCGACAGCAGCAUUCAGCAAAUACCAACAAACAGCAGCAAUCGCCACCCAAGGGCAAGGGUCAUCAUCAUAACCAGAAUGAUCAUUUUCAAACCGAUGGAAUUGUUCAACCCAAUCCUUCUGUCCUCAUUGGAAAUCCUAUCAGAGCAUAUACUCCUCCCCCUCCGCCUCUUGGACCUCACCCCAAUCUGGGGAAAUCUCCAAGCCCUGUUCAAAGGAUAGACCCUCACACUGGGACGAGCAUUCUUUAUGUACCUGCUGUCUAUGGAGGAAAUAUGGUCAUGUCGGUGCCUUUGCCUGUACCAUGGACAGGAUAUCAGGGUAGGUUUGCAGUUGACCCUCGAAUUAUUUCUCAUCAAGCAGCUAUGGCGUAUAAUAUGAACCUGUUACAGGCACAUGGCCGUGGCUCUCCAAUACCUUAUGGGCUGGGACAUCAUUCUCCAGUUAGUAUAGGGCAACAGCAGCAGUCACUUCAGCAUCAGGACAAAGAGCAACAUGAACAAAAUCGAAAUGGUAAAAGUGAAACCAACACUGGACCCGAAAUCAAUAAAAUUCGGACACCUGAGAAGAAACCUGUGGAAUCCAAACAGGUUGACUUAGAAGCAAGUUCCCAGAAUAGAAGCCCUGAGUCGCGUUCCAGCAUAGGUUAUCCUAAUUCGAAAUUUCAUCGCAAAGAUAAUAUUAACCCCAGGCAGCUGAAUCUACAUCUCACCCCUCCCCAUACUCAGUAUGCAGUCCCCAGUCGCCACUACCAGCACCUGUCCCAGAUACCAAGGCAGCCAUAUCCUUUGCAACAGCAGCAAAACCUCUUAAAUCAGCAACAAAAUCAUUUGCCUGAACAGCAAAACCAAAUGCCACCCCAACAAAGCCAGAUAGUCCAGCAGCAUAAUCAUUUGAACCAGCAGCCUCAACAACCUUCACAGCUUUCCCCUGCCUAUCAGGCAGGCCCCAAUCAGUCUUUUUUUAAUAAUCCAAUUCCCCACCGGCCACAUUCUCCUGCUGUAGAUGCUGUGAUUUCAGAACAGCACCCCCCACCCAUGUUGCAAGAAGUCACUAAUCCUCUGAGACCUAUUGCACAGCACAACCCAAUGUUGCCAUCCCACUUGAACAACUUCAUUGAAGAGAACCCUACAGGAAUGCCCAUAGGGGAGGCCUUAGAUCGUAUGCAUGGAAAUGUAGCUUUGGAAACAAUAAGGCAGCAGCAGCAAGCAAGGCUACAGCAAUGGAAUGAGCAUAACGCCUAUCUCAGUCAGGGCAAUAUUCCAUAUCCACACCAUCAUCAUCCUCACCUACAACAUCUUUCCCAGCAACCAAUUGGAUUGCAUCAACAGCCAGUGAGGGCAAACUGGAAACUUGCUAAUAAUGCAGAAGACGAAACAGAGGCAACAUAUUCAAGGUUCCAGGACUUGCUCAGAGAACUGUCACACCGUGAUCAAAAUGAAAGUCGGGACCUAACUGAAAUGCCACCUCCACAGUCAAGACUGUUGCAAUACAGACAAGUUCAGCCCAGAAGCCCACCAGCACUCCCUUCUCCUUCAUGUAACUCAAACCACAGUGGUCACUUUCCUAACUUCACUGAAAACAGCAGAGACAUUGAAAUGUCCAACAACCCAGCAUUUCAGCAACAUUUGCCCCAAAUAUACAAUCCCCCAUUCUCAAUGCCAUCUGAACAUAUAACCCCACCUCCCUUGAAAUACCUGCAACCUGAUGGAUCGUGGACCUAUGCUAACCUACAGCAGAAUCACCUAAUGGGGCAGGGCUUUCAUUAUGGUAUACCUCCAUUACCCCAUAGAUCACAACAGAACCCUUUUAUACAAAUACAGAAUCAUCAGCAUGCAGUCGGUCAGGAGCCAUUUCAUCCACUCACAUCUCGAGCAGUAUCUGCUUCUUCGCUUCACAGCUUAGAAGAGUAUGAACCCAGAGGACCAGGCAGGCCGUUGUACCAAAGAAGAAUUUCCUCUAGUUCAGUCCAGGCUUGUUCUGAAGAUUUAAACACUCCUCAAGACAGUCUUGGUCAGUGUAAAGAGCUUCAGGACCAUAGUAACCAAUCUUCUUUCAACUAUUCAUCACCUGAGUUGUGGGUAAACUCCACCUCAUCUACCCCCUAUCAGAACAUUCCAUGCAACGGAGCCACCAGAGCAGUACCGCCCCGAGAGUUAUUAGCUCCACCGAAGACGGUCAAACCUCCCGAGGAUCCCCUGAAAGCCGAAAACAUACAGCUGUCCAAUUCCUUCAACUACAACGUGCUGCAGCAUCUUGGCCAGUUCCCACCCCUCAUGCCCAACAAGCAGAUCGUUGAAUCAAACAGCAACAGCCAGCAGAAUGCUGGUGGGAACAAGCCUGCCAUGUCCUACGCAAGUGCUCUGCGGGCUCCGCCAAAGCCCAAACCCCCUCCUGAGCAGGCAAAAAAGAAUAGCGACCCUUUGUCUUUGUUUCAGGAACUUAGCCUAGGUAGUUCAUCAGGUAGCAAUGGCUUUUACUCCUAUUUUAAAUAAUCAGAUUAUUUUUUUUAGAGAGAAUUUAAUUUUUAUUUGUGUCAGUAGAUAUCAGAUAGUUGGGGCUUCACCUGUAGUUGCAACUAUUCCCUUUGUUUAUAUUAGUAAAUAUAUCCUCACUUAAUUGCUUUGCUGCUAGACUUGCAACUAAUUUUUUAAUUAUAUUCCAUUAUCUUGCUUUUUUUUUUUUGAUGUGUGACAGAAUUUUGAGAGCUUUUAUGUAGAACACCACACACACAUUGUUUUUUAAUUUGUGUAAUGUUAUCUAUGUGUUGCAUUAAGCUAGCAGCUGAGAGGUUAACUGUGCAACUUCAAAAAAAAAACAAAAAAACAAAAAAAAGUUUGUCUAAAUUGUAUUUAAAAUUGUAAGUAGCAUUUACAUUUAUUCAAUAACAUUAGCAAACUAUGCUGGGUUUCUGUACCAGAAAUGGCCAGUUAAUGUAAAAAUGUAUGUUAUUUCUGCUUAAAUUCAUUUAAUUUUUUUUAAUAAAGGUGCAGCAUCUUCUAAAUACUUUCAGUUUUAUCAGCUUUUUUGUGAAAGGAUGCUGCAUUCUCAGACUUUUCUAGUUUUAGAUUCUGUAUGAUGUGGUAUUGUAUUCUCCAUCCACUGUAGGGUAAAGUCAAGGCAGACACAUAUGCCAUUGUUUGGAAACAUUCAGAUAAAAAAACAUUGGUAUACUUAAAAAGUACUCUACAUUUUAUUUUUUGGACAAGCUAGUAAUUUAAGCUUGUUUGAAAGGUUAAUUUGAUAGGUUUUUUAAAUGAAUCAUGAAGCUGAAAAUAAAUUUUUAGGUAUGUUGGUGCUUAGUAGAUUUAAUAACUAUUUUAAAAAAAAUGUGUGAAUUUAGUAAAAUACUUUUUUUUGUUUUGUUUUGUUCUGUUUUUCCCACUAUGCAUGUGUAAAUGUUUGUAAUCUGGCUUUUUUCCCCUUCUUCAGUGGUAUAAAGAACAGUGCCGCUUUAAGGUUUUUUUUUGUUUUUUUUUCCAGUAAAAUUUUUGGUACAUUAUUUGAUGUUUACAUUAAAAUAUGACAUUAUACAAGGAAAAUCAAAUAUUUUGCUAACUGUUUUGUUUGAGGAACAUCAUUAAAGAAGAGGUUUAAUAUUUGUCACAGCUGUAUCCAAAUUAAUCCAUUUAAAUCUUCACUGGGGCAAAAACGACUUCCAGGUUUUUUAUCUAUGUGAGUUUUGCUAAAGUUCUCCACAAACCUGGUCCUUCAGGACUCCAUAUUGAAAGAGAACUCUACUACACAUGUUAAGAGAAAACUUGAGAUGAAAACUUGAAAGAUAACCUUUAUCUUUAAAAAAUGUUGGUCUUGCACACUGUUCAUACUUUUCAAAUUAAGGAGUGUGUGUAUGUAUAGCUUCUCCAGGGGUUAUAGUCCUCCUUUAUAGUUUAAGAGAUCUCUUUAAAUCUGGGUCAUAAUUGCUUUUUACCAAGACCGGGCUGGGUUUGUAUACAGUAUCCCGCCUCCCCCACAUUUACUAGAUGUAAGAAUUAAAAUGUCAGAGUUUUGUGUGAAUCUGUCAAUGAGAGACCUUACUAAUGAGCAGUGCCUCCUGCUGUAUUCAAUCAAAGUUUUGCUCUGGUUACAAUCAAUUUGUUUGCAUUAGACUUCAUGUUGUAAGGUAAGGGUCUUUAUAUAAGGCUAAUUUAAAUUCAAUACACUGCAGAGAUUUGAAUGGUUGCUAUCAAUCUUUUCUGGGUUCAUGGUUCAAAAACUUAGCAGAAAACUACCUUUUCUUUGUGUAAAUUGAAACAUGCAUAACUGGUUAAUUUAUUUCUUAGUGUAUAAAAUGAAACAAAAGCUGUUGGGGAGGGGAAAGCCCCUGCCAAAUACUGCUUAGCACUUCAAUACAUGGCACAGAUCAGGAGGAUCUAAAAUGAGCUGGGGCCAGAUUCUGCAACCCUUCAUCUAGCAAAACUCCCAUUGACUUCAGUUGGUGUGCUUUUGCUACUUUGAGGACUGCAGAAAUAGGUCUGUGAAAAUUCAAUUAACAGGGGCCAGAGCCUCAGGUGGUUACAAAUCAGCUGACAUCCAUUAAUUUCAGUAGAGCUAUGCCAGUUCACACCAACUGAGUAUCUGGCCAAAGCGGUCUAGGAGAAAAAUCUGUGUGUCUGAAUGUUAUAGUCUAUGAAUUUUGCUCAGUGACGUGCAAGUCUAUGGCAAAAGGUCAGCUAGGGUUCAAAUGCACUUCACUUCACCAGGUUGGCAUUGUAAUUUCAGGGGUUUCAAAAUCACUCGUUUAUAUGGAGCAGUCUUUUUAUUCUGUUCACCAUAUUUGAAUAUUAAAAUAAUAAACAUCACUUGUUAAUUUACUGCUAUCUGUGAAUUAGUUAAGGUGGAGAUGCUCGCCUCUCCCCCCAUUUUUAUUAUAACUGUCUUACACUGGCAUUGUAGCUCUGGUAGCAUGUCAUGGAUGAGGUGGCAUUUGCAUACUCAACUUACGCUUUCAGUUACUUAUAACUUUCUUUAUAAAAAAUAUUUUUUGUACUUUUUGGCUAAAGUGUUUCAUGGUUGCUCUUAUCCCAAGAGAGAGAUCUUCUGGUAAAUAUAAUAUAAAAACUGAUUUUAUUAUUUAGGAGAACUGUGUUGUUCCCUCUUAAGAUACAUUUAAAGUGUUUUCUUGCAAAACAGUUUUGUUUCGCAGUGCCACUUUUGGCAUGUACAUAGUCCUGAGUUGAUAACAUUUAGUUUUAAUCUCACUUUCUUCAAAUCUGUUGGAGUUGCAGUUACUUGAAAAUAGUGUAUUGAGGUCAGCAGCUUUGAAGAACAGGAAAAGUUAAACAUUUUCAUGAAAGUGAUUAUUUUUUACCAAGAUUUCAAAUUCUUUUUUUGGAAUUUCUAAAUUCAGAAAAUUUCCACAAAGUCUGAAUGUGCCCAGUCUGUGCCCUGUUUUGAGCAUCAGAAAGCUGAGGGAUGCCGGUAUUUGAUUAUAAAAGCUCUGUUUUGGGGCCUAGUCAUACACUUCUGGAAGUCGAAUGAAGUCUCUCCAUUGGCUCCAGUGGGUAGUGGUCCAUAGCUGCUUAUGUGGGGCAAUUACAAUAAUUGUGCAAAUCUUAAUUCUGGAAAAUAAGCCCAGGUCCUCAGCUUGUGUGUACUGUCUUCUCUCAGUUGAAGUCAGUGGAGGUUUGACAACUUAGGCCUGCUGAAGAUCUGGCUCCUUGACUCUUCACUGCAGCUUAGAUAUCAAACUCAACAUAGCAGUUAUGACUAAAGCUUGUGCUCUUUCUUAGGAGAAAUCCCACUGAGGGCCUUGGCUAUUUUCACUAAAUAAGGAUCACAGGAUCUGGAUUUUUAAUUAAGAAAAUCUAUAUUUAAUAUCUUGGAAAAGUUCUGGUUUUGGCUUCUUUUAAUUCAUUCCUUUUCAUGGAAAAUAUGAUAGUCUUACGGGAAUUUGUCUUUGCUACAAUAAGAGCUAGUUGCACAGCGUAGAAUUGAGAGAGGUUUGCAAUACAUUAUUGGAACUCCAAGGUAAAUCACUUAAUUUCUGAUUUUCUGUUUAAAAGACACAGCUGCUGCCUUUAAAAAGACAUUGUUUAACAAUGUGAUUGGUAGAGUUGUCUUCUGAGUUUUAAAGAUUAAUUUCACAGGGAGUUAUGAGUAUUUAAUCAUGGUCUUAGUGGGUCAGAAAAAAGAAACACAGUGAGAGAUCCUGUUCACUUAACAUGUGAGGCUAGAAAUAACUUGAAGACAGGAUAGUUCCUUGAAUCAGUUUGGUUUUGAUGUUACAGUACUUUAACGCACAGCCUGUGGUACAUUUCAAUAAGGUACUGGAUAAUGGGUAUGCUUGUCCUGAUUUCUCCUGCGUUAGUCACAACCUGCUCUGUGCAGAUGCCCCCCAUUUAAAUUCUGUUUGCUUGCUAACCAAUUCCAGCAAACAAUUGCCUUCCCAUCUCUUUCACCUGAUUCAGCCCUAACUGCUGAAACCGUCAGUCGGCUUUUCCAGUUCCCCACAAACUCUUGCUGUGGAUUAGACCUUUGAACUAGGAUCCCAUUUCAUUAGUGGAUUCCUCCCCAUGACCAUAUGGGUCCCCUAGCUGCCAAUCCCCCUUCUCAUUGGUCAGGAGGCAAAGACUUCUAAAUGCUUUGCUAUUGGAUUUUGGCAGUAGCCCCACAUCCAGCAUUAUAUCUCUUUUCAAGGUACUGAAUUAAUCAUUCACCAAAUCAGACUUGAUCCUGCUUGGGGAUGAGGGGGGAUGAGCCGUGACAAGUGAUUAACUGGUCUCUCAGAGUGCUGUAGUUCAACAUCCAAUCUUCCUAUCAUUGGUGGAGCAGCACAGACCUGGCAGGUACCCAUUUUUGUAGCUCAUCUAUCUGCCUUUCAGUUAUAAAGGCACAGCGAAUCUUUGGAGUGUUCACAGGCCUAUAUGUUGGCUUAUCCAUGAUUUUGAUGGGGUGCCACAGUAGCAGUAGAAAGUGGUCCCUAAGUGAGUGACUACUAUGAACUUCCUCACCACACUGUGGAUGAAGGAUCAGAAAUGUUGCAUCAGGCACAACCGGUGUCUACCCUCAGUGCACCCUCCCUGCCUGCCAUUUGUUUCCAGCACCUCAUCUGAGGUGUAGGUAGGUGCCUGUAGUCUAAGCUGAGCCUGAUGUGCUUUUCUACCACUCGCUGCGAUCCUGUCCCUCUGCACUUCUGAGAUUCUGCCACCUUAUAACAGAACGGUCUCAAGCAGGUCCAUAUGGAUGUCUUACACUAAAAAUAGCUGGGGGAAAACGUCAAAAGUCAGUAGUGCUUUCGGGUGUCCUGCUUUGCCAGUGCUCAAGACCCUGACCAGAAAGGAGGCCUGCUUUUCAAAGGAUGGGUGCUCAGCACUUUCUCAAAACAAGGCCUCUUAAAGGGUCACAAGUUGGGCAUUCAGUAGUCACUAUUGAAAAGUUACGUUAAUAAGUACAUUGAAUUCCCCCAUUCUGGCCUUUUGAAGAGUUUUCAUUCCUCCUCCAGCAUAUUUCUUUUUUUUUUCAUAGUUUCUCCCAAGUGGAAGGAAGACCGUGCCAGUCUCAUUUGAAUUUAACUUUUGAACUCAGGAGGAUUGAGUCAGCCGUGUGUACAACCCUGCUUCAAACAAAUGCAGCUGUCAUAGAGUUCAGGACAGGACCGUAUAAUUGAGACAGGUGCUGAAUGUUCAUAGAGUUAGCCAGCAUUCACGUCGCCCACCCAUUUGUGUGAUGUGGUGUCACUGUGCCAGGCAGUUCAGGAAGAGAAACCAAACUAAGUUUUAUUUUCCAUUCUAUCAGUGCUUUCAGUUUCGUCCUGUGUUUGUAGACUGGAUGCAAACUUGCAAAGUUUGAGAGGGAGUAUUUCUUUCAACCUUGCAGUCUCACACCCUGGCCAGAUGCAAUGUCAACACAUCACAGGUGCACACUAUUGGAGCAGGUGAAAAUGUGCUUAUAAAGGUGUGAUGAUGGUUCAGAACUUGUAAUAUAUUCAUUACAACUUGCAUCUGUACAUCUGUUACAUGGUGAGGAAUUAUUUUGUUUAGUACUGUACCACUCUAAUUAAGCAGUACAUGUAUUUAUCCACCUUAUGGUUUACAGUCAGGGCCAUGUCUGGAUUCAUUGGAGACUCAAAUUGAUGAAGUGAUUAGAAAAGCUCCUAGAAAUAAGACCAUGAAAACAGCAGGAUAGUAAAAGUAUGUAUCAUAGUAACUGAUGAACACGGUAGACAAUAGAUGAGCCCAAUCUAACUGACAUUCAUGUUUAGGAAAAGAAAGUUUUUUAUUGCUUAUUGAAAUGAAUAUUAAUUUUACCAUGUGUCUUUGUGUUGUUAGCUUUUGGUACCAGCCUCUGCCUUCCACAUUGGGCACAUGACAGGUGUACUAAAUGAUCCACGAGUAUUUCGGUCCAGGCCUAUGUAGGUAGGUUGAGUAUUUUGAUACCUCCCUCCCACUAUCUCUAAUGAGUUUAGGGGAAGAUUUUGAAAUGCACGUGAGGGAUUCAGGAGCACAAGUCUCACUGAAAGUCAGUGAAGUGCUGUUGAAAAUUCCCAUUAAUCUAUAACCUCUACACCAAGACGAUGAUCGUUCCAGUCUCAAAGCCAGCACAGAACCAUAGGAUCAUCCUUUCAGAGAUGGCAGGUAGAGAAAUAAAUCUGCUUGGAAAUACUAAGCCAAAGGUUUCAGACAGUUUUGCCUCCUUUGUGUAUCCCUUUUACUGCAGUCGGUACAUAAUAAGAAUAACAUUCACCCUUCUGUACCUAUGAGAUCUGUUUUAAGCAGGAGGUAAGCGCUCCAGCAUGGUUUAGACUAGGAUAGCAAGGUUUCUUUGUGUUCUUAAUACCGGGGGCAGAAGUUAACUCUGUGCAAAGAGCCAGCAUAAGGUAUCAUUUGAAGACUUAGAUGGGACUUAGGUCCUGAUUUUCUACACCAGUGGUAGAUUUAGCAUUGACUACAAUGAGCGUAGGAUGAAGUCCUUAGCACGCAGACCCUAUACUACCACUCUGUCCCAGGACCUGACUAACAUAUAUGUUCAUAAGUGAGGGAAACAGUCAAUCUCUAACCCCAAGUGAACGUAUAAAACUCUAAAAUAGCUUAUCCCCUCUUGUUAAGAGACAACAUAAAUGCAAGAGUUUUCUCAGUGAAAAAACAGUGUUCCUAGGUUUUCAGUGAGACAGAUUUAUGCAUUAUUUAGAAAAAAAUAGCAUAUGAAUUAAUAACAGGUUCUUUCAACAAUUAGUGGCAGCCCCCUAAGAAGUUCAGAAAGACUGUCAAGCACCAAGAAUGAUUUACAUCUUUAAAAAUUCAAAUUACUCUUGGCAUCUACCAGUAACCAUGACAAAGCUAAUCCAUAAGGUGCUUUUUUCAGAUUGAUUUAUCUCAGCCACUCUGUGAUUCCUUGUAAAAUGCUUUGAGGAUUGGGGUCUACAGUAUCUAUCUAGACGUGUAAUAACUGUCUUGGUGCAUUCUCUUUAUUUUUAAAGAUUAAUGGUAACACAAAAUGUAUUUUACUGCUACAUUUAAAAUGUAUUUAUAAUAAAAAUGCCUUUUAAUAAAUAAUGUUGAAAUUUG